GGUUCAGGCGAUGCACAGCUUUCGGUUAUAGUGAAUGACGCAUUAGGUGAGAACCGACAAGAACAGAUGAUGGCGAGUGUUUUGUUGAACACUGAAAAUAAGUUGGCAUUUGAAGCAUGGGUAGAAGCAACAGGCAUCGCUCUGGUCCAGAUCAACGGCCAAAGGAAGUUUGGUGGACCACCUCCAGGUUGGACUGGCCCCCCUCCUCUGACUGGGUCUGAGGUCUUCAUUGGCAAGCUACCACAGGACCUGUACGAGGACAAGCUAAUCCCAUUGUUUCAGUCGGCUGGUAAACUCUACGAGUUCCGUCUCAUGAUGACAUUCAGUGGUGAAAACCGAGGGUUCGCGUAUGCCAAGUAUGCCAAUCGCUGGUAUGCCCAGUGUGCCACUGCAAUGUUUAAUGGCUACCAAAUACGUGACGGGUUCCCCAUGGUGGUGUGCAGGAGCACUGAGAAAAAUGAGCUGUGUGUUAGAGGCAUCCCAUGGGGGAAGCAGAAACUGGAGGUACUGGAGGUGCUGAAGGAGCUGACAGAGGGAGUGACGGACUUGUCACUUCACCUGAACACAGACCGGAGGAAGAUGGUGAUGUUGCUUGCUGUUGUCAAGUAUGAGAAUCAUCAGGCUGCAGCAAUGGCGAAGAAGAGGCUUGUAGAAGGCUGUAUUGAACUCUGGGGCCAAGCCAUCGAGGUUGACUGGAUAAAACCAGAUGGAAAACAGAAGAGCCACCAGAGGCUUCUCUCCGAAGUCCAGCCCAGUCUGCCCUUGGCUCCCUGGCCGGUGCUGACCCGUGGGCUCCCUUUGCCGCCGCUAAGAGGUGCUGCCAGGUGCUCCGUGCCUGAACUUGAUAUCUCCUCUGGCUCUGACCAAAGCAUUGCGCCUGUUGGGCUCGGCAGCCGGCUGACCCAGCACCUGUACUUGAAGGAGGGCCCAGGUCCACUGAACAUGGGACGUGAUGAAGUUCAACUUUUAAAUGCCUAUUGUAUGGCGAAGGAGCUCGGGACUCCAAUUUAUAGCAUCCAGUCUUUGAGUUCUGAUAAGCAUCGCUUUCUGUUUAAAGUGUUCUUGCCCAGUCUUGCUGCCUGUUUCAGUGGGGCUGUGACCCUGACUUCAAAUGAUCUGGCUUCGGGAAAGGAUGUGGCCAAGCAAGAAGCUGCACACCAGGUCCUGAUGCAUUUAGGCCAUUCCAUGGGUUUUGAUGGCUUUAAUCUCCCUAAAGCCUCGACUUUGGAGAAUCCACCUGAAUGAUGGGUUUAACUAUGAGCUACUCCUUCGCUUUUUGUUUCUGAAAUUUUUUUCAUCUGAGCACGAGUUUAUGUCUCUGAUUAAAAAUAUUUAAAGUUGCUAAGUUUGCCCAUUCAUUGUGAGCUUUAUCAGGACAUUUUCCUUUUGUACUUAACCGGAGCUGAGCUAUCUUUUAAGUUACGUUUUUUUUUUGUUUGUUUGUUGCUUUACCUGUACCAGCCACUGAGCUGAACCUGUGGUGUGUUUACAGUUUUACAAUAUAAAAUAGAAUUCACCUCUAAUGUGCCAACAAUAACAUUCUGUUAUUUCAGGCAACAAUUUAGGACACUAGAAUCAGACCUUUAAUGCAGGAUUUUCAAAGAGCUCACCUUUUUAAAAUCUCCUGAAGUGUCUAAUUUCUUGUUCCUAAUUCUUGUUGACAAUGUCUGUCAUUUACAAAAUCUGAUCUGUUAACAAUGGAGGAGCCUGAAAUAUUUGUAAAUAUCUCGAGUGCCUUUUCCUCCCUAUGUACACAAGUGCUGAACUAUAAUUUGAAGUUUUUUGCAUAAAACUUGUAAAUUAUUGUCCAGAAAUUAAAACAGAAUUUAGUAGAUUGUAUUGUUAUACUUCCAGUCCUUUUUUUAACCAAAAAUGUAUAAUUUAGUUGGAUUUCUGUUCAUUUGGGACUUUGACUACAUUUUAUGUUUUAGCUAAGUGUAACGUUGUAAAUAUUGCAUAGCAGUCCAGUGACUAUUUUAAAAACCUUUUUUUUCUGUCCAAGGGGACAUAGACCAGGCUUUGCAUGAGAGAAUCUAAAUGGAGCAAAAAUGGAUCAAGGUUUUGCUCCCAAGGUACAGAUGUAAUAUUGUUUCAUGUCCUACUGAGGAGCUCAAUAAAUGGGUUACAGCUUCCCAGCUACAAAGUCUGGGAUGUCCAAGUUGCAGAAUAUUUAGUCAUGAGAUGCUCUUUAUGGUACAGAAUUGUUUUAUGGUGUGCUUGCCGGGAGUAACUUGGCUGCCAUCUUGACAAUUAAUGACUUUAACAUGAUGGACUCUAAUAUGGGGGGAAAGAUAAUCUCUGGUUCAUUGUUGACCCAGCAAAGACUAUAGCCUGGAAUAACUGCAUUGAGGCUACUAAUAGUAAAUGGUUUAAAAAAACGACAAUUAUGAUGAAGCUUCAACAGGUUAACUCCCCAGUCCUUAUCAGUUCUAUUCCAUUUGAUACUUGCCUUUUAUUCACACGUAUAAUUCUGUGCAACCAAGAGAGCAAUCUGUCUGUUAUGAUGCUGUUCAUCUGCCAUUUGUUGCCAGAUAUAAAUCUCUUCAAAUCCAACUGCGCCACACCCACACACUAAUAGCUGUGUUUUGGGGGAGUAAAUGUUCUGAAGAAUGAUAGAUCCUUAUAUCAUUUGACCCAAACCCACUGAGCUUCACAUUAGAAAUGCAUUGAACCUCAUCUUAAUAAGAUGCCAUUCUGGCAACUGUCCAUGCUGGUCUUAUGACAGUGAGACUUAACUUAAAAAGUUUUAUUCGUCAACUGAUGUUUGGUGACUUCUGCUUUACUCAAGUAUUUUUGUUUCAUGUAACUUUAAAUGUUGUGAAAAAUUGUUCUGGUUUAAAGUUGGAUGUGGUUUUUCUUUAUGUUGUGAUUUUAAUUUUUGCAAAAUUCUGGUGGAAGAAAAUGUUGCAUUUUAAGUGUAUUA